AUGGCCGAUAAUUUACUACAAGGGCUUCAGGCGGCCGCAAAUGCGACAUCACAGGCAGGGGUGAGUUUCUUGCUAACUCUUUUUCUUUUGAACUGUUCGGUUGGCGUUCGAACAUCAUAUAGCAAUGCAAUCGUACAUAGAUUAUACAUUGUCAUUAACAUUAUUCUUAUUAAUUUUUUUUGGGCAAUAAUGAUAGGCCCUGCAAUAUUUUGAACAGCUAAAGAAUUCCCCAGACGGCUGGAAGCUAUGUGGUGAUGCCCUAAUUCGAAAUCUUUACAGGUAAUUGAAAUUUGAUGUUAAAGUUAAUUGUUUUACGGUGGUAUUAAGUCGUUAACGUUUUGGUCCUCAUUGAGCAUUAUUUCAGAACUUGAUUAAAACGAGGAAUUGUUUGAUAUAAUUUAUAUUGAUUUUAUGUUAUCAUUCAUAAUUCACAUGCAACUAUAUAGUACAUUAUCUUUCAUUCAAAAUAUUUUCUCUAUUUCUGAUUGACCAAAUUUGGAUAGUCUGGAACAGGCUUUUAGCCAGACAUUGAAAACUGGCCGUCCAGAAGGUAUGUUUUGUCAUAAAAUUAUAAGAGAUUAAGUGAAUUUUCCUCUUAUUUAUUCCAAAAAUGGGCGUCCAUAGGACGGCUGGACUCCCUUCUGGCUAAAACCUUGGUCUGGAACCAGCUCCGCAGUCGGGGAAAAGGGCAAAAAACAGGGUCAAAAAGGAAAAAGUGGUGGCCUGGAGGGGGGAGGGGAGGGGAUGUAGCAGAGCCUAGACAUGCCUUUGUUGCUGCCAUUCUGUGAUACCAUUCUGGUGGCAAAUGUCUUCAUGUUGACAGAUUCGCGGUACUGUGGACAGUAUCACACUCUUUCAAUAUCAUGCUCAUACAAUUCGAGAAAAGAUUUUAAAAGAUGAACGAGGGUGGAUUGGUUGCAUCAACGCAUUUCUCCAGGCUCUACCCUUUCUCUUCCCCAGACUACCUCUUACCCGCUUUGCUUCACUAUAGCGAAGACCCCACUAUACAGCCUGUAACCAACAAUUUUUUUGGUACCAUGGCACUUCGUUAUAGUGGGGUUCCAUCAAAAUCCUGCAAACAAGCUAGGGCUGGCAGGAAAUGAACAAUUAAGGCAAGUGGGAUUUCAAUUUGGCUUGCCGAAUGCUCCCAAUCUUCUUGCGGCCCCGACACCUAAAAACAACAGCGAACAGACUGCUUAUCUUGCAAGCUACACAGGCUAAUGUAACUAGAGAUGCAGGGCUCGAAAUUAAAAAAAUCCUCAGGUUGCCCUGUGGCGAACAACUGCAGAAAUAUAGUCGUCAGAUGCAAAUUUUUAGUCUCCUGUUUUUAUAAUGUAAAUGACGCAGCUCAGGGCUUGUGAUAUUUUGCACGGUCGUGAAGCCAUGAAAUUCACAAAAGCAUGCAAAAUACCGCAAAAUUUGGUAGAAAUCUUAUGAGAUACAUGUCUGUACAACAUAUUUGAAAUUUAUCUCAGCAAAUUUAUCUUGAAACUUCGUCACUAUAACAUGCCAACAACAUCCCGAAACUACCAGGCGUAGAUUAUAUUGUGAAAAACUGGGCACUAGCCAUGACGUUAAAGGCUUUGCCAUUGGUUCAUUUCCGUCAAAAUCCUGCAAACAAGCUAGGGCUGGCAGGAAAAUAUGAACAAUUAAGGCAAGCGGGAUUUCAAUUUGACUUGCCGAAUGCUCCCAAUCUUCUUGUGGCCCCGACACCUAAAAACAACAGCAAACAGACUGCUUAUCCCUCAGGUUGCCUUGUGGUGAACAACUGGAGAAAUAUAGUCGUCAGAUGCAAAUUUUUAGUCUCCAGUUUUUGUAAUGUAAAUGACGCAGCUCAGGGCUUGUGAUAUUUCGCGCGGUCGUGAAGCCAUGAAAUUCAGGUAAAUCCAAGAAAUUCACAAAAGCACGCAAAAUACCGCAAAAUUUGGUAGAAAUCUUAUGAGAUACGUGUCUGUACAACAUAUUUGAAAUUUAUCUCAGCAAAUUUAUCUUGAAACUUCGUCACUAAAACAUGCAAACAAUGUCCCGAAACUACCAGGCGUAGAUUAUGUUGUGAAAAACUGGGCACUAGCCAUGACGUUAAAGGCUUUGCCAUUGGUUCAUUUCUGGAGCGUAUUGUUGUUGACAGAGCAAAUGAUGACCUCUGUUUGAAAAACGUUAAAAAUGCUGGUCUGAUCAGCCAAUCGAUUUGUAGUGAAUUUUCCCUGAAAAUAACCACAAAAUUGGCCGUUUUUUCCAAUUGUUUUUAGGCGAAGUUUGCCCCGAAAAUUCCCAGGAAAUUGACCAAUUUUUCUGGGAAUUUGUCCCUAAAAAUCCUGCAAAAUUUUACUUAUUUUUCACAACCUAUGAGAACCCGUAUAGUAUGGCGCGAUCCAUCAGAUUUGAAAAUAUCAUCAAUAGAAGUCCGUAUAAAUUUGGAGAUAAACUGGCGUUGUUUAUGCGAUUUGGCACAUUUUUUAUGAUGAAAGCAAAGCAAGAUAAUGAAAUGUUUGUUUUAACUUCACUCUUUUAAUUUAAAUCUGGUUGCCAUUUUGGUGACUAAGCCAAAACUUUUAGUCGCCAAGGAGAAAAUGUUAGUUGCAUUGGCGACCUUAUCACUCACAAUUUCGAGCCCUGACGUGUCAUAAAGUAUUUAUAGUGGGGUUUCACUGUCCCUGCAAAAAGGCAAGAUAUCAACAUCCCCAAACAAGCCAGGGCUGGAGUGAAAACAAGAAUUGGGGCAAGUGGGAUUUCAAUUUGACUUGCUGAAUGCUCCCGAUCUUCUUGUGGCUCCAACACCAAAAACAACAGCAAUCACCUGCUUGUUUUGCCAGCUACACAGGCUAAUCAGCUAUGUAGCUAGACAUGUCAUAAAGUGUGUUGCAGUUAUUGAAAAAGUUAAUUAUUUGAAAAACUGUUUGUGUUUUUAAGUAUAUACCCAGUUGAUACAGUUGAGACUCUGGACAGUACACUCCUCUUAAGUAGACAGCUCUUCUUUCAGCUUAUAUCAGUUUUAUCACAUACCUGCCAUUAUGCUUCAAAACACCACUUGAAUUUUAUGCUUGUGCCUGAAUUACAGCAUUGCCAGAGCAACUGUAUCAAACAUUUUUUUUUGGUAUCCUGAUUAUUUAUUCAUCACAGAAAUGCACCCAUUGAUAAUAAUUGACGAUCAAUAAAAAUGACACAGUGAGAGUUAAUUAGUUAGAUUAGAUUAGAUUAGAUUACCACGUGUCAAAAGAAAUUGGGGGAAGCAAAGAACACAAUAUCAUGCCGUUUCCGAUUUUAACUCCCUCAGUCAGACUAUCAAAGACUCGAGGAAUGUAAAUAGUUUUAAACGUAAUGUUUUUAAGUUUUUGAUAUAGCUAUUUACGUUUAAUUUUUACUUAUACUUAUUUUUAAUUUUUUAUGCAUUUUUUGUAUCUUUUUAAUCCCUUUGCAAUUUUAUAGCUUUUUUUUGUUUUUAUAAUAUAUAAUUAUCUAGUUUUGAGGUCCUUUUUGAAAACCAUAUCUUUUAUGAAAAAGUUUCCUCAACAAAGAUGAUGAUUAUUUUUUUUAUUUUUGUCAAUCAAGAAAUCCCCUGUGUAUAUCCUUUUCCUGAUUAUUGUUCUUGCUAGGAAUACCACAAAAUUUUAAGAAUAAAACUUCACGCAACUAACAAUACUUCAGUCUAUCUGUCUAAAUUAACCAAUUAAAUUAGCACAUGUAAUUCAAACCCUUUAAAAUUGAUUCCAACACUUAAAAUAAUGGUAACAAUACCAGUUUGUAUUGUUUCUGCAUUGUUUCUGGAAAGUGUGAGAGUUGUCAAUCACUAUAAAGUUCAUAAGAGACCGAAAAUGGCUUUAUGGGUACCCCACUUUUCACAUUUCACAUUUAUCAAUGGAUGCCAAACUGCAAUGUUGUAGCUGAGUAAGCUCCCAUAAGCUGCAAAUGAUAUGACCCAUUCACCUCUAGUGGCUGCAGACGAGAACCAUUCUUGUAAGUGAUUAGCUUCAGUUAUGGACACAUUUCUCUCAUCUCAAGGGUGCCACUCACAUGAGCAUCUAUUCUAGUACAUGUACGUAGCUCCAGUAUCACAUCAACUGGCUUGUGUAUGGGUGUGAUAUGAGAACAUUUCAUCUGCCUUUAGCCUCCCAGGCAGACAUUCUUAUUGGUUUCUUUUUUGUUGUUGUUUUAGUGAUGAAAGUGUCAAGUUCUUUUGCUUUCAAGUAUUAGAGCAUCAUAUAAAAACAAGGUAAAAUUAAACAUUGAUAAUUUCUCAUUAUAAUGAUUAAUAAUAAAUUUUACAUAAUUAUUAUAAUGUGGCAUCCAUUUUAAAAUUAAUCUUCCUUCCAUGGAAAAAUCAAAAAGGUUUUAUUCUGUUGGUUGAUCUGCCAUUUUAAAGUUUUGUCUGCCAAAUUAUUCUGAAUAACUCUUAUUAAAAGAUGUUAUCUGAAAAUUUAAUUUUUAAAUAUUUACUCACUUGGCUCACUUGGUAUGAUAUUAUGUAGGCUAUUAUGACGAAAAACAUUCAACUAGAGACAAUUGGGUUUAAUUGUUUUCUUACCAGGAAUAACUUACAAACAUUUGAUCAUUAGCUGUAUUCAGUAUAAACAUGCUUCAGUCUCCUGUACUGUACAAGAGAUCUUGGAUGAUCUUGUCUAAGUGUGUGAUCCUGCCCAAAAAAUGGCUAUUUUUUUUUUAUUUUUAUUUUGUGCACAGACAUGUGUCAUCAAAUCUUGUAGAUCAACAAGCACUCAGAGAGAUUCUUUUGACCUGGCUACGAAAUCAGGUACACUAGGCUAAUUUACUCUACAGUAGAAUCCCAAGGAACAUUUUCUCUUUUUUUGCCCCUCACCCUAGAUUGCAAUGUCUGUCUUUAGGUGAAAAAGGAUGUCUUGCUAAUACCUUUGACAUAUUAUUAUGGCCUAGACUCUCUGUCUGUCUUUAAUCAAAAUUGAAACAACUUGUUUUAUGUCAAAAGGUAGAGCAAAAUUGUCAAACUUUGUUUUUUAUAGUUGUGCAAAGAUACCUAAAAGUGGGCUAUAUAAGUGCAUUGGUUUGCAAAGCCAUGAGAGUCUUCCUAGCACCUUUGUUCUUUGAAUUCUUAUACCUACACUGUAACGGUAAUUGUAACAUUUUCACUGCGAUUUUUCAUUGACCCUUGUUGUAACUUUUCAGUGUUGUACCGAGUCAGAUAACAAGAAUUUCUUGAAGAACAAGGCAGCACAAGUCUUCAGCUUGAUCUUUGUCUGUGAUUAUCCUGAGAAGGUUAGCUGAUUUAUUGUUAUUUUAAGUGUAAUGAGCGCGAAUACUGAUACCCGAAAUUGUAACUUGCGCUCAGAUUUCAUUCAAUGUGAGAGAACUUCAUUUAAUUUCCUGCCUCUUUCACAAGCUCAGCCAGCAAGAAAAACAUUUUUUUUGCAUUUAAGGCUAUUGAUAAUCAGGUAACAACUGCAACUCUUGAUGAAAGUGGGUGUCCAUGAUGACCAGGGUCUUGCACUUUUGUCACAGUCAGCCCUUAGACAGUGUUAUGCCCUCAUGGCUGGUAAACUCGCGCCUUCCAGCCAUGAGCCCCUACACCAAUGGAACCAGGCACCUGUGGGAAGGGUUGGGGGAAAGGCACAAUCCAAAGGCUGAACAAAGCGAGUAAUCAUCUUGAAAGCAUUGCACUAAGCACAUGGAGCUGAUGUUAGCAAAGGUGACUACGCUUGGGCCACCACACUGACUGCUGAGCAACAACACACAAUGGCCCUCCUUGUUAUUAACUGCGUUAAAUGUUGUUUCACUUCAUGUUACAUUUCUCUUCUCCCUGUAGUGGCCGCUGUUUUUCUCAGACCUCCUCCAGUGCUUGCAAUAUGGAGCAUUAGCAGUGGAUAUGUAUCUUAGGAUUUUGAAGGCAAUUGAUGAGGAAGUGGUUGAUAGAGAUGUGAUAAGGAGUCAACAGGUUAAUUUUGUGAAUUGUUUUAAAAACUGUAAUGCUACAAUUUCCAUUGGUGAAAAUAUAUCUCCAACAGAGAGGGGUACAAUAAACAGAAAUUAAUAACCUAUUCAAUCUAUAAAAUAUUGUACUACCUGACAUCUCAUACGAGCAGCUUGCAGCCACUGAAGUUGAAGCCAUUUUAGUGGGUGUCUGUAAAGCGGGUUUGGACUGUACCUAAAUUUUUUAUUUGCCUAAUAUAAAAGCUUGUUAAAGUUUGUCAUUCAAGUUGUUUUUGUUGUGACAAAGUCCACCAUGCCCCCCCCAUGAAGUUGCCGGUGCUAAUAUGAUUCGAAACAUGCUGUGCAAAGGGCUACGCUGUAGAUGUGUGAAAUUGCUCCUUAUGAAAAUCAAAAUCCUUUGGAGUUAAAUCACUGCUUCUAGAAUCUUGCUUGUCACGUCUUGAAACUUGUGUAAGACUCAAAGAUUUGAUUUAAGACUGUCAACUUUUGUGGAGUUUCCGUUAUUUGUACUUGUACAAGUUUGUAAAACCAUUUACUGAUCAAUCAGUUUAGAAGCUGAACGAAAUUUUUCUUCCAUGAACAGGAAGCAGAGAGGAACACAAAAAUUAAAGAUCACAUCAGGGAUACGUGCGUCACAGAGCUCGUUGACUCUUGGUUUCAGAUUCUGGUAGGUGGGAAUCUUGUAUUUUGGUACAACAAUGAGGUUGAGGUUUUGCUGACGGUUUUUUUUAUUACGUUUUGUAUGCAGAAAACAUAUGAAAAUAGUGUGUCAUCAAUAACAUGCCUUUGCCUGGACAUCAUUGGAGCAUAUAUUGAAUGGAUCGAUAUUGGCCUAAUUGCAAACGACAGGUUUAUCAGGUAACAUUCAUUGAAUAGGGGCAGAGUAAAACUAAUGCAGACUGUAGACUCAGACUGUAGACUAUGCGGAAUAAUAUUUUUAGGGUUAGAAAACAAUGGGACUUUUGGUGAAAGAAUGAAAGAUGGUAAAAUUUGAAUGUACACCCUGUGGUAUAAUAUAUGGCCUCCCUCUCCGUGAGUUCUGCGUAGGUCAAGUGGAUAGAGCAUCUGCCCGGUGUUUGGAAGGUCAUAGGUUUGAAUCCUGUCAGGGACUCAGAUUUUUUCUUUGUCCCACGCUCGUGACAUGCUGAUUAUUUUAUUUUUCACAAUAUUACUUUUGUUGUCACAUUGUCAUUUGCUUUGUGAAAACAAUAGUCAUCAGUCUGUGUUUUACGCUGACUGAUGGUAAAAAUGUUUCCUUUGCUCUGUGUUAUUGUUUGCUUUCAAUUCUCAUAAAGUCAGUUUUUGCAAGUAGCCUGUCAGUGGUUGGAGUCAACUGGCAGCUAAUAAUAUGGAAAAGCAUCAUUUCUCAAUGCUGAAAAAAGAGGAUUUUACUAUUAGCAGAACCUUUGAUUUUGUGUCCUGCUUACAAAUUGAUCAUGUUUCUUUGUAGUACCUUUCUCCGGUACAUGUCAGUUGAAGUUCUUCGGGAGAGCGCUUGUGAUUGCAUACAUGAGAUUAUCAUGAAGGGAAUGGAGCCACUGGCAAAGAAAGAACUGGUGGAAUCUCUUCUGAGUGUUCUGGAGAAAAGCAGCAUCCUUGAACCACAAGAGGUAAAAUGAUUAUUCAUGUGUAAGCGUAACAUUUUUGUCCAAGACUGUAGCUUCAAUACGCAGUUUCCUCCAUAUUCCCAGAGGUGAAUGGGUGAAUGUAUUUUUUGUUUAAUUUGUCAUUUGAAUCAUCACUUUUAGGAUGAAGAUGCUGACUUCAUGGCCAAGUUAGCAAAACUGACGAGUGCUUCAGGGUCUCAGCUUCUAAACAGCUACACUAAGUAA